AUGAAAUAUUUCCCAAGAAAAACCCCGCCCUAUUUAUUGGCAAAUAAACGAACAAAUGUGUCACAAAUAUUUUUGAUGCUCCCAAACUGUUUCGAAUAUGAAUUGUGAGUUUUUUCUCGAACUUGUCAAAUAAUUUUAUCUGGAAAUUUCAGACAAAAAUCCAGAGAAAAAGUGAAUCAUAAAAUCAAUUGGAAACAAAAAUAUGUGACUAUAAGAGCUGGAGAACAAAAAUGUCUUGUCAAAUUUCGACAUGUGGAAGAAUUUGAAAACGAACCAGCUGGUUGUCAGGUGAGGAGAUAAAUUAUUUGAAAUUAAAGUAAUCAAAAAAAAUUAGAACAAGUGAUUGCUUUAUAGGCAGACUUUGAAACUUCGGUGAUCUACUCAUUCAACAAAGAUCGAAGAUGGGAAUUUUUGGAAAAUCUUGGUGUUCGAAUUCUUGAAGAGCUUCAAGAGCUCAACGAUCUCGAAGUUAUUGUUGUUGAAAGAAUUUUUGAUGGAGUAUGUGGAUCGCAAUGGACAAAAUAUGUUCAUAGACCCUCGGAACAUUUUUAUAGUUCCAGAGUCAAAAAUAUUCAUUUCAUCGAACCCGAAUAUUCGAAAAAGAUUUUAAGAGGAACCGGAGUGAAGGUAAUUAUGAAUCAAUUUUGAUAAAUAAUCUGAUUUUGAAAAUUUCAGAGAUACGCUUUCGAAAGAAAUACCAACGUAGUUAGCUAUAACAUUUUCACACCUCCCAAAAACUAUGAUAAACUUUACGAAAAUCAAUUGGAUUAUUGUGAGUUCAUUGAUUUUUAUUGAAAGUUAGAUUAAUUUUUCAAAUCAAUUUUCAGGUUGUAAUGGUUGUCAUACUUAUCCAACUAGAGAAAACCCAACAUUUUCAACCUUUCGGGCAAUGAGAGAAUAUUGGAAAGAUCAAUUAGAUAUGGAAGAUUACGAGUACGAUGAUUGGGAUGACGAGACUAUAAUUGAUAAUGAGGGGAUUCAAAAAUAUUAUAAUUUUGAGGAACAUUUCGUUAAAAAACCGAAAAGAAAAAUUACGCGCAAAUACUACGGGUUUCUUAUUAUUGAAUAA